AUGAAUUCCGCCAUUGUUCGGGGGAACUGUACGCGAUUUGGCAAUACCAGAGGCUGGAGGUUAGGGAGUGGCAGCGGCCUCAAACGGGAAUCGUCUCUCCCCCAACCAAAACUGUGGGUAACAGACAAAGGGAGAGAUUGGCAUACUCGUAAAACAGAUCCACGCAAGAUAUUAGAUAAGCACUCGUUGACGAAGGAGGCAGUCAUCCCACAGUCACAUGCACGUAGGUACUCAUCUGGACUCUGGAUUGGUGAGACCGCCUCCUUCGUCGUCGACGAGUCGACGGGUGCCACUGCAGCACAAAUCACUGUGGCUGCAAAUAACUUGCGUGCCAUCAUGCAAAAUCUUUUAAACAAUCCGAACGUCAGCAUAGACAUGAUAUACAACACGCUUGCCUAUCGUGCACGAGAGCAGAAUUUACGCGCCUUUGCUUGGGGUGGUGACCCUGCCGAGGAACCACACUUGAAGCCACUGCCGCGCUCUGACUUCCAGCCUCUGGUUCUACCAAACGGCGUACACUUCCCCGAAACGAGAAUACAAUUCUUAGCGCUCACAACAUAUAUUGAGGGCUUACGGGCUCCCCCGAGGUGGGAGCCACCGUGUCCUUAUGAAUCGUCUGCGAAGAUUUGUUUGUUACGAGGACGAUUAGGAAAUGAGGCUGCAGAGUCUAUCUUUGGGCGUUGGCACACUGCUACUACUACUUGA